AUGCCGUCUGAAUUACUGGAGGCUUUGACCAAUCUCUCCAACAUUCGCUGGGUCACGGCGAUUCCUGCAGCUGUGGUAAUCUUCGUACUCUGUACACUUCUUUACCGAUUGACACUUCAUCCCCUUGCUGGCUUCCCUGGUCCCUUCGAGGCAAGACUGUCAGGAUCAUGGCGAAAUCGUCGAUACCUGAAAGGAAGCUGGCAUGACGAUAUACUCCAGGUCCACGAGAAGUAUGGUGCCAUUGUAAGAAUCAGCCCGGACGAGCUUUCGAUUGUUGACGAGCACGCAACGAAGCAGCUGUACGGACAUGGUUCAAAGGCGCUCAAAACAGAAUGGUACGGUACCUGGGACAGCAAAGAAUUCCCCAACUUGUUCUCGACCAGGUCCAAAGCGGAACAUUCCUUCAUGCGACGGCGUGUGUCUCCAGCUUACUCCAUGUCCGCGAUGCUUCGUUAUGAGCAGUAUAUCCAGCCAUGUCUUGAUCUGAUGAUGGACGGUUUCAGAAAGCAUGCCGAUCAGGGCCAUCCUGUGGUCAUGUCAAAUUGGCUUGAUUGGCUUGCAUUUGAUGUUGUUGGAACUCUGGCCUAUGGACAAUCUUUUGGUCAAUUGGAAACCGAAAGCGAUAAAUUGGGUUUGGGCAAGAUGAUUCACGAGGGCUUCUAUGUAUUAUCCAAUGUUGGCCACUGGAUCGGGCAGAGCAGGAUCCUGCAAUCGCCGGCUUUUGGGAAAGUGCUGACCAUGAUGGGGGUUCCCAAUCCCUUCGACACGUUCAACAAUUGGACCAAGACAAUAAUCCAGGAACGUAGACAGAAUGCUGGAAAGCACGAACGCUACGAUAUGCUCCAGCAUUUUAUGGAGAUGAAGUCGACAACGGGCGGGCCUGCUACUGAUGUGGAUGUGCUGGGCGAAGCUGUGAAUAUCAUUGGCGCUGGAGCAGAUACCACAUCCAUUGCUAUGGGUACAUGUUUGUACUAUAUUGUCAGACAUCCAGAUGUCUACCAAAAGGUCCAAAAGGAGAUCGACGAGUACUAUGAGCAGAACAGUCUACAGCGAGCCAUCACUUACCAACAAACACAAGAACUGCCAUACUUCACAGCAGCGGCCAGGGAGGCGAUGCGCCUUAUUCCCAGCAUCACCUAUCAACUGCCAAGAGUUAUGCCUGAAGAGAUGGUGGUGGCGGGCCGAAGUAUUCCAGCUGGGACACACGUCGGUGUCAGUCCCAUCGCGGCGAAUCGUAACAAAUCGGUCUGGGGUCUCGACGCAAACGAGUUCAAGCCCUCGAGAUGGCUGGAGAGCGAGGAGAAAACCCGCUACCUCAACGCCAAUGACAUGACUUUUGGCGGACAUGGCGCAAGAAUGUGUAUCGGUCGUAAUCUGGCACUUGUUGAAGUGCACAAGUUCUUGGGACAGUUCCUUCGCGACUUUGAUGUUGCGUUUGAAGAUCCCGAGAAGCCGUGGCGACUUCAUUCGCAGUGGUUUGCGGUGCAGAGUGAUAUGCGGAUGAAAAUUACGGCGAGACGUGAUAAGACGGCAUGA